AUGCCUCCAGCCAAGAGUGACGAGGCAGAGGGACUCGGAGCAACAGGGCCACAACACCGCCAUUGCCAGACAACUCCAGGGACGUUUCAGCUCCAGGACUGCCUAGUCCAACCGAGAUAUUACGCCACACACAUCCGCGCCUCGUGCGGCACUCUACUCCAGAAGCGCAUCGUCGACCUUUGGCUUCCACAUCUGGUACUCCACUCGCAACCAAGGCAGCGCCUUCAAGAAGGUAGCGGCGCUGAGACGCCACCGUUGCCCGGUCCGGCGGGCCGGACCUGGAGUUUCCCCUGGUGCUCGAGGAGGAAGUCCGAGCAGAGUCAUGCCAAUGCCUUCAAGAAGGUAACGGCGCCCUCGGGCGUCGCCAUUGACAGCGCAGGCUGCCGCAGCGCGGGGAUUUCGCCCCGAGCCGAAUCGGUGAAGAAGGCCGCCGGAGAAGAAGAACCCGCAGGGGGGCUAGACUUGUUGUCGCAGGAGGGGGCACCGACCAGCGCCAUCAGCCACAGCCGGGAGCGCGCUGGCCCGCAGCUUCCGCCGCCGGGAUCCGCCGGGGCGCAGCAGAGCAGCCACCUGCUGCUCGCUCGCACGCCCGCCGGCGUCCUCAACCAGCGGCGGACGGGGAGAGGGCGGGAGGGAGGAGGGAGAUAGGAGCAGGGGGCAGCCAGCGCAGGCCCGCCGCCGGCGACGCCACACGAUGCGCGCCAAGGCAGCGGCCCGCCCGGCCCAGGUCAGGCCCAAAUCGGGCCCAAGCGCCGCCUCCGGCAGGCGCGCCGCCA